AUGCCUCGUCAUAGCAAAAAUAAUACAGCACUUUCGUUUUUCACAUAUGCUGAAACUAAAUCCUUAGAAUAUGGGACAAAAAAGCAACGAUUAGGAAGAGAUUCAAUGCGUGAAGUUGAUGCUUGUUAUCUAUGCCUUCAGAGAGCUCGUGAUCCUGUUUGUUGUUCACAUGGUCAUUUAUAUUGUAAAGAAUGUAUAUUAGAAAAUAUUUUGGCACAAAAAAAAGAAAUACUACGUCAACAAAAAUUAUUGGAAGAAAGGGCAAAAGAUGAGAUCGAAGAAGUCAAACGAAAGGAUGGACUGGCUAAAGAAGCCAUUAUACAAGAUUUUGAAAGGCAACAAGUAAAAAUAACCCCAAUUGCAAGUAAAAAAAGAAGUUUUCAAUUAGAUGAAGAAGAUCUUGCAGCGGUAUCAAAACGUGAAAAAGAAGAAGCAUUAAAAAAAAUAGAGGAAGAAGAGAUUGCAUUGUCAAAACCAAAGUUACCUAAUUUUUGGCUGCCUUCUUUAACACCAUCGGCUGAUCCUGAUAAAAUUAAAUCUAUAAAAUUACAAACAAUGUGUACUGCAACUAAUCCGGAACACUCUUUAAGUGUUAAAAAUUUGGUUGCGACAAAAUUUACUGAAACAAAAGACUCAGAUUCAAAAAAGAUUCAUUAUAUUUGUCCAUCAUGUCGUAAAACAUUAACAAAUUCUUUAAAGAUUUGUUUGAUAAAACCUUGUGGUCAUGUUAUUUGUAAGAUUUGCGUUGAUAAAUUUGUGAAAAAAUCAAAACGUUGCUUUGUUUGUGAUUUUAAAUGUAAAGAAAAAGAUAUCACUGACAUGUCUGGUGAAGAUGAAUGUAAUAAUGCUUCAACAGAACCUAUUUCUGAUUAUUCAAACAAUUCGGCCAAUUUAGGAACACCACAACAUUCUUGCACACAAUAA